AGAGGCAGCGCGAGCGCCACUUGAAUGGAUUGUUGUCGGUGUCUUGGGAUCAGUUGGAAUCUGAAUGGACUAAUAUGAAGAGCCUGAAGGCAAAGUUUAGGAAGAGUGAUACCCAUGAAUGGAGCAAGAACGACGAGCGUCUCCUGAGUGCAGUGGAGCAUGGAGAGGCAGAUAAAGUCACCUCCCUCCUGUCGAAAAAAGGAGCCUCUCCCACCAAACUUGACAGCGAGGGCAAGUCUGCUCUUCAUGCCGCAGCCACACGAGGUCAAGCCGAGUGCCUUGCUGUAAUCUUGGCUCACGGGGCUGAUGUUUCUCUGCAGGAUGCUUCAGGGUUUACUGCUUUACACCUUGCUGCCAAAAACAACCACCCAGAAUGUGCCAAAAAGCUGCUUCAGAGUAAGUGUGCGGUGGAUGCGCCAGACAGCUCAGGGAGGACGGCUCUUCACCACGCAGCUGCCAGCGGAAACAAUGAAAUAGUUCAGCUUCUGUGCGAGAACAAGUGCCACGUCAAUCUUAAGGACUCGGAUGGCUUCACGCCCCUGAUUUUGUCGGCACGACAUGCACACGCAGAGGUUUGCCAGAGUUUAUUGGACUGGGGAGCUGACAUCAACGCUACAGACAAAAAUGGCAGAACGGCGGUGAUGUUGGCUGGUGAGAGCAACUGUGUGGCCGCUGUGGAGCUGCUGGUGCAGAGAGGAGCUGACCUGAACAUGGUGGACUCUCUGGGCCACGAUGUGCUCCAUUACACCAAACUGUCAGGGAGCGGUGAUGUCCAAACUGCUCUCAACACUGCCCUCCAUAGACAGCAGUGUGAGUCAGAUAAGAGUUCAGUCAGGAGCCCUCAGCAUGGUCAAAAGUUAAAUGAGGGACAGAAGCUCCACCCCAAAAAGAGAAAAGCACCUCCUCCUCCCAUUAGCCCAAUGCAGUCACCUGGUUUCACCUCACCACCUUACUUUACUCCUUCUGAAACUCCAUUGUCCAGCAACAGUGAAUCAUCCAAACGAUUUAAUUACAAGGAGGAGGAGCUGAAAAGCGUCGCACUGAAGGAUGAGAUUGAAAAAUUGCACAAGGAAAAGAGCAUGCUGCUCAAGACCAUUGAAGAUCUGAAGCAGAUUGUGGAGCAGACUGAGCCCAAGAUGGAGCACUCUGGGAAAACAGAUUCAUCGUUGAUUGCAGCCCUGCAAGCAAAGAUAGCCUCUCUCUCCCUGGAAAACCAGCAGCUUGCACAAAUAAUAAAGAAACGUCCAGCUCCACAAGGAGAGGAAGGCCAGGGAAGUUCCCGUCCAAACAGCAUUGAUUCCAAUGCCUCAUACCACUCCACCCGUGCCGAUUUUGAGCUCUCCGGUGACACACACAUCCAUGACGGUGACGAAGAGGAUCUUUCUGUUCUGGACAUCAGCGGAUCCUCCAUUAAACUUGAGAUGGACGAGGAUGUGAGGUUGAGUACAGAUAAAGAAAUCGGACUUCUCCGAGAUGCGUUAGAGAACCUGCAGGCCAAACUUUUAGAGUCCAAAAGGGAGAACCGCUCCCUUCAUGCAAGACUCGACACUAACUCUGAGAAAAGCAUGAGUGAAGAUGGCCAAAAACCUCAAGAAGAGUUACAGCUGAGGGGAGAGUCUGCAGGUGCAGCGGAGGACAAUGUGCUGCAGAAGUUUCAGUAUUUGAAGAGCUGCCUGGAGCAGGAGGUCAAAGAACUCAAGGCAAAGUUGACCAAGUCACAGGAAGAGCAGAAACGAGAUUCUUGUCUAAUCAGAGAUCUUCAGGCUCGGCUCAAAAAUGGCCAUCUCUCUGAAGAGGAACGUCAAGAACUGAAGAACACCUACAGUGCUUUGGUGGAGAACGUCAACCAGGAGAAAACGCUGCUGAUCGAGAAGUACAAGGAGUCCCAAGAGGAGAUCAAGAUGCUUCAGGAGGCUCUUUGUGGGACUGUGCCGGUGGAGGCUGCUGCCAAAGACUUUGAGGAGAUGAAGGCAGAGCUCGGGGAGAUUAUCGACGGGCUCCAGCGGCGGCUUUUAGAGCUCUCAAAGUCAUACAGCGAAGCCAAAAGCGAGCUUAGUGCUGCCCGUAACCAGCUGCAGGCCAAAGCUUCAGAGUCUAAAGACAAAACAGACGUGGUUUGUGUCACUAAGGAGGAGCACGAGCAGAAAAUUCAAGAGCUGGUCUUCAAAAUGAAGGACAUUCAGAACGUUCUGAAGGACACGGAGGCUAAACAUCAAGCGGCUCUUAAAGAAAUCUCCCAGGUCAAACAAGACGCUGAAAAUCAGGCUCAGUCAUCUGUAACCAUUGCAGAUCACACUCAGGUUGUGGCGUCCUUGGGAAAUGCCAUCAAGAACCUGGAGUCUGAAGUUGAGCUUCAAGAGCAGAUCGAGCAGAAGACCUUACAGGUGGAUGCCUUGCAGAACAGACUGACGGUGGAGAAAGAUGUGACUCCGGAUGAUUCGGUGUCCCGACUGGAAUAUGAGCAGAUGAGGGAGAUGCUAGAGGCUGAGAUGAGUGACCUGAAGCUUCUCCUGAAGGACGCUCUCAGGAAGCAAGAUGAAAUGGCUCUGGAAGUGACCGCUGCAUGGCAGGAGGUGAAGGACACCAGAAAUGAGAGGGAUGCAGCUCAGGAACUGGCCGUGAGAAGAGAACAGGAGAGCAGUGCAGUGAAUAGCAAGUACAGGGAGGCUCAGGAUCUCAUUAUUCAACUGAGGAAGCAGGUGGAGAACCACGUGGUCUCUGAGAGAGACAAGAAUAAAAAGAUUGAUGAGCUCUCUAAGGAAGUGAUGAAGCUGAAGGAGGCUCUGAACAGUCUUUCACAGCUGUCCUACACCAGCAGCUCCCCUAAGAGACAGCAGAGCCAGCAGGUGGACUCACUCCAGCAGCAGAUCAAACAACUGCAGUAUCAGCUCGCUGAGACUAAGAAACGUCAUCAUGAAAUUGUCUCAGUCUACCGAAUGCACCUUCUUUAUGCUGUCCAGGGUCAGAUGGACGAAGAUGUGCAAAAGGCUUUGAAACAGAUACUUGUAAUGUGCAAAAUGCCAGCUGAAGCCAAGUGAAGGAGCCAGUCGUGCAGUUAUUCAGAAACUGCCAAAAAAAAAAAACCUGUGAUCAAAGAAAAGUCAUCUGAGAAGGAAAAUCCAGGAUCCAUCAAUCACAACAACAGAUGCAGUCCAGCAUUGCAAAUGAAAUCACUGUUGGCUUUCCACAGAUACUCUGCAUUUGCAAAAACAACUGAUAAGUGCACAAUCUCCCAGCUCAUACAGUGCCAGACAAAGAAACACAAUCUACAGGCAAUGAUUUUCUAUUUUGUACCAGCUAUUUAAUCCUCUUGCAAGGUAAUCAGAAUUAUAUUGUCAGUUAGCAUUGAGGUUGAAUGCAAAAACAAAGCACAGUGUUUGUUCCAGUCCACUGCAAUGCUCCUUUAUAACUCUUUUCAUUCUUUUUCAGUGCUAGAGUGAGGACUUUAAAAAAUCCACUUGUUUUUUUUUCUAAAAUCACAGCCACUUGUCACAUCUGUGUGUUGUGGAAAGUGAAACGGACAUUGCCAUGUGUUUUGAAUUCUCCACUUUUUCAGGGUAUGUGCUUCAACAAAUUGCUCAAGCGCCAAAUGCACUUUCAUCAGUCAGUUUCACUCUUUGAUGCCAGCAUUUACCUGCCACUUUGGGGACUGCUGAUUGUCUGUGUGCCUCUGCUCAUGUUUAAGGUUGGUGGUUACAUUUCUGAGUCCUUUACAUUUGAUGCUGCACUUUUAGUCUUUAGUGUAAUGCAGGUUCUGCACUAAACCUUACCUUUUCAGUUGUAUUUGCCUGCACACCUUUAAAGUCGUUUCUAAUAGUUUAGAUAUCACUACAUUAAGCAAAUACUGUAAGUAGUUAAGACUCUAGUGACGUAGUGAGGGUUAGAAGGGAAAUGAUGGGUUGUGCUUUUGUUCAAGAUUCAGUGUUAAGGAUAAACACACUUCCCCACUUUAGGAUGUUAAAUGUUUGCCAUAUGAAGGAUUUCCUGAUACCUGAAGCGUAAACGCGCUUUGUAAAUGUUCUGAAAUUCACAGUAGCACUUGAAAACUAUGCUAUUGUCCUAUAAAUGUUUUAUCCCUGUUCUAAAGUCUGGCACAUUUCCUGGUUUAAUACUGAUUUGAAUGUACUUUGAGGGAUGAGUAAGAUUAUAGACUGGUUUUUAAAAAACUGCUUUCAUUGAUUAUAUAGCAGUUUUAUGAAGUAUUACAUGUCCAUUUCCUUGAAAUAACACUAUUUUUGUGCCAUCUUUGCUUUGUUUAUUGUUCUUUUCAGUCAUUUGCUGAGUGCCAUUUUGUGUUACUAAACAAGUUCAGAAAUAUACAAAUACACUGUAGUCGUAGAUAAUACAGACUCAUUACUGUUCAACAAAUAUCCGAUACACAAUUUCAGCUUCUGAACAUUUUGAAUGCAAAACAUUGAAACUGCCCUGUUGAAUACAAUUGUUAUUGAGCUCUUAUACUGUACCUGCCAUGAUCAGUUCAUAGUAUAUUGAGGUUUGUUUUCUUAUGUAUUUGUUACUGAGUCAGACAGUAAGUUGUUUGCAAGUGUUUUUGUUUAGUAAUUAAACCUAUGAAUUUUU